CAUGCGCAGUGGGCACCCGGCAGUCAAAGUCGAGUGCCCACAGUCUGUCAAAUUCAGGUACCCGCUCCCCCUCCCUCCCUAAAGGUCCGCAGUGUCUGGUCAUGCCCUGUACUGUCUGCAGUCUCUGGUCAUCCCCUGUACUGUCUGCAGUCUCUGGUCAUCCCAUGUACUGUCUGCAGUCUCUGGUCAUCUCCUGUACUGUGUCCGCAGUCUCUGGUCCAUCUCCUGUACUAUGUCCGCAGUCUCUGGUCAUCUCCUGUACUGUGUCCGCAGUCUCUGGUCAUCUCCUGUACUAUGCCCACAGUCUCUGUUCAUCUCCUG